UUUUUUUUAAGAAGUGCGGUGUAAAGGAAAAACUAAAUCGACGAUUUCUAAGAUUAACAAAUUAAAAUUAUUACAAGAUUGAUAUUAACAAAAUGUCGCAUAUCUUGAGAAGCUAUAAGGCAGCUGCUUCAUGUAAAAAAUAUCUGACAACACAAUUCGACUAUAUUUUGAAAAAUACUAACUUCCGAAGACUGCACUUAACAUCUAUAUUGGAUAAGAGAGUUGCUUUUAAACUCAGCGAUAUUGGAGAGGGAAUACGUGAAGUAACUAUUAAAGAAUGGUUUGUCAAAGAAGGCGAUGUUGUUAAACAGUUUGAUAAUUUAUGCGAAGUACAGUCGGAUAAAGCUUCUGUAACAAUUACUAGUCGUUAUGAUGGGAAAAUACUGCAAUUACAUCAUAAAAUUGAUGAUAUGGCCAAGGUGGGUGAACCCUUAUUAGAUUUCGAUGUGGAGGAUGAAGAUUCUGACGAUGAGUCUUCCGAAACCUCGCCAUCGGCAACUCAAACAAUUACAAAGGAUAAUCCUAAAGUUCAUAUGGAUUCAAGCCAAGUUGGGAGCCCUACCGAAGUCACGUCAGAAGAAAUGACUCGCAAUAUUACAUUGGCAACGCCGGCUGUACGACGCAUAGCGCGAGAACAUAAAGUGGACUUGUCCAAAGUCACAGCCACAGGCAAAGGUGGCCGCGUUCUGAAGGGUGAUGUUUUAGAGCAUUUGGGUAUGAUACCUGCGGGAACAACAGUUCCCCAUCCAACUUUACUGUCUAAGCCGCAAGUUCCAGUGCCAGCGGAUCGCAUAGAGCAGUUGAAAGGAGUUCCUAGAGUUAUGUUCAAAGCAAUGACAGAAUCUUUGAAAAUACCACAUUUUGCCUACAGUGACGAAAUAGAAAUGACGCGCUUGAUGCAGUUUCGCGAUGAAAUAAAAGGUAUCGCAAAGGAGAACGGCAUCUCGAAUUUAACUUUUAUGCCAUUUUUCAUUAAGGCUGCUUCUAUUGCUUUGAAAAAGCACCCUAUACUCAAUAGUACACUUGAUGUGGAAAAGGAACUAGUUAUUUACAAAAGCGCUCACAACAUAAGUGUUGCCAUUGAUACUCCCGCGGGUUUAGUUGUACCGAAUGUUAAGAAUUGCCAAAAUAAAAACAUUAUCGAAAUCGCUCAGGAUUUAAAUGACAUCAUUGACAAAGGCCGUAAGGGCCUUUUGGCACCAAGUGAUUUUGCUGGUGGUACGUUUUCACUCUCGAAUAUCGGUGUAAUAGGUGGCACUUACACGCAUCCAUGUAUAAUGGCUCCUCAAGUAGCUAUUGGCGCCAUGGGACGUACCAAGGUGGUACCCAGAUUUAAUGAUAAAGAUGAAGUCAUCAAAGCUCAUAUUAUGAGUGUAAGCUGGUGUGCUGACCAUCGUGUUAUCGAUGGUGUAACUAUGGCAAAAUUUUCAAAUAUGUGGAAAAAUUAUUUAGAAAACCCUGCUUUAUUUUUGUUGCAUUAAUAUUUUAGAUAAGCAUUCAGCAAAUCAUUGAACUAAUCUCAAUUAUGUAGAAGUUCCGUUUGAGGCUACUUUCUUCUGUGCAUUUAAUUAUUUGUUAUUUUAUAAAGAUCGUGCUAUGGAAACGGAUUUUUAAAAAGUAAUUUCACUUUUUCUUGUUUUAAAACUUCCUGCGGCUGUUUUAGAUGCAUUUAUGACAAAGUUUAAUAUUUAAGUUUGGUCGGGGAAGUCAUUUUCUGUUUCAUUGUGUAUCAAUCAGUCAAAUACAAAAAAAAA